AUGCAGCUACCUACUCACAUAGCUAUUGAGCGAAGCAACAAAGGCACCACAGUACCCACCUCUAUCAUCACCACGUCUUCCGACCUGAGAAUUACGAUGACUAUCCAAACGAAGUCAAAGCGACACGCGAAAAAACACUGUGCUAUCGAGCGCCCAGACGGGGUAAUCAUCGAAUCUCCUCGCUACAAAGCCACCAGCGCAGCACCAAGGCAAGAGCUCAAGUUUCAAGCAAAGCCAUAUACUUUGAACAUAUCCUCGACCUCAUCGAAACCGAAAGAGGCGUUGAAAUGUACCAGGGCAUUGGACCGGGACCUGGCUAAUAUCCGCACCCACUUUAUGGAUUGCGGGAGGGAUGGAUACAAUGCCCCAGUAGACUGCGGAAGAGGAGGGUAUACCGGCCGUUCAAUCCUCAAACGGAUUGCCAGCAGCCGCGCAAUUGCACCUUGCCGCCAAUGCAACGUUUCCUCACUGAAGCUGGACCGUGGACGGCCUACGAGAUAAGAGAAAGCUGAAGAAUUGUUUGAUAUCGAGAGAACCUGCGAAACUUGAGCUACU